AUGGCGGCAGUGAGUGCUAGUGGAGGCGAGAUACCGGAAGAACGAGACCAGGACAGUGACGCAAAGACGCAGCCAAAUAAGCGCAGUCAAACGAGGCGGCGGGAGCGGGUCGCCAGCCCGGGCCGCCGGUGCCGGCUUUGUCAGCAAUCGCGCGCGCGCGAGGACGCGUCGGCGGCGAGCAGCGAGCGCGGCGCGUGA